AUGGCUUUUGAUCGCUAUGUGGCUAUCUGUGCACCACUCCAUUAUGCAACCCUAUUUACAGGCUCUCUCAUCAGCAAGGUGGCCUUGGCUCUGGUGUUUCGAAGCGUGGCUGUAGUCACCCCUGGUGUCCUCCUCAUUCUUCGCCUGCACUUCUGCCGGAGCAAUAUUAUCCGCCAUACCUACUGUGAGAACAUGGUCAUUGCCAAGUUGGCCUGCAAUAGCAUUGCCCUUAAUAGCAUUUAUGGGCUCACUGCAGCUCUCCUCACUACAGGGCUGGACUUUGUUCUCAUAUCCCUGUCCUACUGGGUGAUCCUGAAAACAGUCUUUAGACUCCCGUCUAGAGAAGCCCAAACAAAGGCCUUUGGAACCUGUGGAGCUCAUCUAUGUGUCAUCUUGAUAUUCUACACUCUGGCCUUCUUUUCCUUCUUUACCCAUCGCUUUGGAAAACAUGUGCCCAGGCACACCCUUAUUCUCUUAGCAAACCUCUACUUACUGGUGCCACCUACCAUGAACCCCAUUGUUUAUGGGGCAAAGACUAAACAGAUAAGGGUGAAACUAUUAGAGCUCUGUAACCAUUCAAAAUGA